UUUUGAAUCACUCGUUGUAAACUUUUAACUUUAAAUUUUGAACGCGCGCUAGGUUCUCACGUCGUUUAGAAGAUGUCUGAAAGAUCGCUGAGUCCUGAGUGCCAAAUCCGGCCGUAUGACUUCAGCCGGACCAACCCUUGCACCCAGGUUUUGGGUCAUGAGACUUUGGGCAGCGCUGCGUCAUUCCAGUUUCCUCACGGCGUCCUGCCAGACCCGAGCCUCCUCUACAACAAAAAUGCUUAUAGUGGCAUUACAACGGCAUCCGCGCAGACCUUUUUCCCUUUUCCACCCGUCACCAGUGACUACAGGGGAUCCGAGCUGCAGACUGGAGAUUUUGGGCAACCCAAAUACUGGUAUCCCUUUGCUGCGCCCGAGUACACCAGCCAGGUACCCGGCGCUACAGCAGCUACCCAGCCUGCAAACCUGAGUCCCCCUAUAGUCGAGAACCGGGAGCAAAUGAAACUGCCCGACAUAAAGACGGAGAAGGACCCCGAUGAGGACUACUCAACGGAGAUAAAGAUUCAGCAAUAUCCAACACCGCCGGCCUCCGCCAUGUCCCAUGGAGUCUUCUACUCUCCGGCCUGGAACCCCUCCUUCUGGCCCGGGAUCACCCACAUUACACCACCUGGCAGCAAUAAUCAAAAUCCUUCAACAUCCUCUACAUCUUCACCAUCUAUGUCCCCUUCACCCCCAAGCAACGGGCUUCCAGGGAACACGUUUUUCAGCGUGAACGCGACCCAGGCUGCCGCCGGGGCCCAGACGCAAAACCCGGCCGCCUCCACGCGAAGCAGCGGGUCGUCCAGCGGCGGGUGCAGCGACUCUGAGGAGGAGAAUCUUUCCACGGAAGAACUGGAGCAGUUCGCUAAGGAGCUGAAACACAAACGCAUUACCUUGGGUUUCACUCAAGCUGAUGUUGGCCUUGCCCUGGGUAACCUUUAUGGUAAGAUGUUCAGCCAGACGACCAUUUGCCGCUUUGAGGCUCUUCAGCUGAGCUUCAAGAACAUGUGCAAGCUGAAGCCCCUUCUUCAAAGAUGGCUGAAUGAGGCAGAGACCUCGGACAAUCCCCAGGAUAUGUACAAGAUUGAGCGAGUAUUUGUUGACACCAGAAAGAGGAAGAGGAGGACCAGUCUGGAGGGAGCUGUGCGCUCGGCUCUGGAGUCUUAUUUUAUCAAGUGUCCCAAGCCCAACACCCAGGAGAUCACACACAUCUCAGAUGACCUGGGCCUGGAGAGAGAUGUCGUACGUGUUUGGUUCUGCAACCGAAGACAGAAAGGAAAGCGCCUGGCCUUGCCACUAGACGAUGAGUGCGACGGCCAGUACUAUGAGCAGAGUCCUUCCCCACUGAACAUGGCCCCCUCCCCCAUUCCCAACCAGGGUUACCCUGCUUCCAGCUAUCACGGUGCCGCUCCUCCCACACUCUACAUGUCCCCGCUUCAUCGGCCUGACAUCCUGAAACAAGCUCUGCACCCCGGACUGGUUAGUCACCUGACUGGAUAAACGUGCUCAGGGUAGUCCAAGCCAGAACCACAGAUUGCCUUCCCAAGCCUCUCUUUCCAACUUCACCUCAAGCUGAAGAUGUGCCUCUAAAUGCUGUAAUCAGAUGGACUGAUCAUAUUGCCGUAUCGUGCGAUAGAAACAUUGCAAGUGUGGAGGCUCCUCUUCUGACCACAGCGGUGAGAUGGAUCAAAGUGGUUUCUUGUUCCUGUAGUGAUGACCCUAAAUGAACUACCAUGGGGAACAUCCUCGUACCAUGACCUGCAACUCCAACAACUGCUGACUUCAAACUUAUGAUCAAUUUUAAACUGAAUGUGCCUUUCUGUUUUUGUGUUCUUAGAUAUUUCAUAGUAAGUUAUUCCAUAAGCUUUAAUCAUUGCAGGUAUAGAUCAAUGCAAAAGUGAGACUUGGUGCUGAAGAGGUCCAGUUGUGGGGUUGAUGGUUUUGUAAAUGCGAGCAGGGUUAUAGAGCCAGGGUAUUCCCUCCACGUAUGCAAAGUCCUGGGCAGGUUUUCUGUGGUGCAAUGAGAAAAGAUCUGGGUUAUCAAAGGAAUAACAAUGUGAAGGCUUGAAACCAAAUUCAUCUUGACAGUUUAGUCAAUGUUUGUGCAAUACUUGGUGUCCCAUCGGAAUAGAGCCGCUGCAGUAUUUGCCUGAACUGUCAGUCAUUGAAAUGGAAAAUGUAAAUUCUCAAAUUUUUCCCGUCGCUUUUGCACAAAGUUGCUUUUGUAAUGUUGAAUAUUAUGUUUUUAUUUUUUUAUGUCCCGUUUGUAUACCAAACUCAGAUUUUGGCCCUAUGGUUGUUGAUUAUCAUCGAUGUCUUUGGCCACUAUUUUAUAGUGUCAAUUUGUGAGGGGUGGUGGUGAGAUUCAAAAGUAAUACUUUGAGGGAAUGUGAUGACUUAUUUACAAUUGUCUUAGCUGCUAAUCUGCCAAUUGCACACGGUCAGUAUUUUCUCAAUGUCUCAGGUGAAUGGCAGUAAGAAGUCUGAUUUCAAUCAAUAAUGGUGUCAAAUUUGUAUUUCAAUUUUCUUUUGUAGGGUAUUAUGUUAAUGAAAUGUUUAACACUAGAUGCAAGUCGAGAUUGGGUGUUUAUUGGAGUAUUUCUAAUGUCUGGUCUUUUUAAGAAGUUAUAUUUUACUCUGACUGUAGUUUGUAGACAUUAAAUACUAUUUAGUCACUCA